GUUACCUUAGGGGUGACCUUACCGGCAGACGGCAGCAAUUACCAUCGAUUUAUGUUGUUUGAUAUCGAGGAAGCAUCCCAUAUUCCCAUUCAUCAUCACAAUUCACAAUAACAUCGACUCUAAAUUCAAAACUCAUUUCUGAUCCUCUCUCAAUCUUCUUCACUCUCCACUUGUUUCACCUCAUCGAGAUCUACUCAGAUUAGAUCGAGGUAAACAAUAUUCAAAAUCAAGUUGUUUCGCUGGUUUUACAUUGCAAUGGCUUUUUCUAUGAAAAGGACGUUGCAAAUCGAUCGGGUUUUCGUGUGCUUCUUCCUCUUCUCGUAUGUUUGUAAUGGGUUUUAUUUGCCUGGGACUUAUAUGCACUCUUACUCCGUUCAAGAUGAAAUAUAUGCGAAAGUUAAUUCGCUAACCUCCAUUGAGACCGAGCUUCCCUUUAGCUAUUACAGUCUUCCUUAUUGUAAGCCACAUGAUGGCGUCAAGAAAAGUGCGGAGAAUCUUGGGGAGCUUCUCAUGGGAGAUCAGAUCGAUAACUCUCCGUACCGUUUUCGAAUGAAUGUUAACGAGUCUAUUUUCCUGUGUAUAACAAGUCCUCUUAGUGAGCAGGAGGUGAAACUUUUGAAACAGAGAACUAGAGAUUUGUAUCAGGUUAACAUGAUGUUGGAUAAUCUCCCUGCAAUGAGAUAUGCAACCCAAAAUGGUGUUAAGAUUCAAUGGACCGGGUUUCCCAUUGGUUACUCUCCACCUAACAGUAAUGAUGAUUACAUCAUCAAUCAUCUCAAGUUUAGGGUUUUGAUUCACGAGUAUGAAGGGAACACUGUGGAGAUCAUUGGUACAGGGGAGGAAGGUAUGGGAGUGAUUUCUGAAGCUGACAAGAAGAAAACUUCUGGUUAUGAGAUUGUUGGUUUUGAGGUGAUUCCCUGCAGUGUUAAGCGUGACCCUGAUGAAAUGUCAAAACUUCACAUGUAUGAUAAUAUUAAUUCAAUUAACUGUCCGAUGGAGCUUGACAAGUCACAAAUCAUAAGAGAGCAUGAGAGAGUCGCAUUUACUUACGAGGUUGAGUUUGUAAAGAGUAAUACCAGAUGGCCAUCUAGAUGGGAUGCAUACCUGAAAAUGGAAGGUGCACGAGUGCAUUGGUUUUCUAUAUUGAAUUCGCUUAUGGUGAUCUUUUUCUUGGCUGGUAUUGUGUUUGUUAUAUUUUUGAGGACCGUAAGAAGAGAUUUGACCAGAUAUGAGGAAUUGGACAAAGAAGCUCAAGCACAGAUGAAUGAGGAGCUGUCAGGAUGGAAGCUUGUUGUGGGUGAUGUCUUUAGGGAACCAGAACAUUCUAAGCUAUUAUGUGUGAUGGUCGGAGAUGGUGUCCAGAUUACAGGAAUGGCAGUCGUGACUAUUGUGUUUGCAGCUCUUGGUUUCAUGUCACCAGCAUCUAGGGGAAUGCUAUUGACAGGGAUGGUUAUCAUCUAUCUUUUGCUGGGAACUGUUGCUGGCUAUGCUGGUGUAUAUUUAUGGAAGACUAUCAAGGGAACACCAGACGGUUGGAGGUCAGUUGCCUGGUGGAAUGCUUGCUUUUUCCCUGGGAUUGUCUUUGUAAUCCUCACAUUCCUGAAUUUCCUCUUAUGGGGAAGCAAGAGUACAGGCGCUAUACCAAUCUCUUUGUAUUUUAUCCUUCUCUCUCUCUGGUUUUGCAUUUCUGUGCCGCUCACUCUCUUCGGAGGCUUUCUUGCAACACGAGCUGAGCCUAUUCAGUAUCCAGUCCGAACCAAUCAGAUCCCUAGAGAAAUUCCUGCACGAAAAUACCCUUCAUGGUUGCUCGUUUUGGGAGCUGGUACCCUUCCGUUUGGCACUCUGUUUAUUGAACUGUUCUUCAUUUUGUCCAGCAUCUGGCUUGGAAGGUUCUACUAUGUCUUUGGCUUCUUAUUUGUGGUAUUGGUAUUACUGGUAAUUGUUUGCGCUGAGGUCUCUGUUGUCCUGACUUACAUGCAUCUUUGUGUUGAAGAUUGGCGAUGGUGGUGGAAAGCAUUUUUUGCUUCCGGUUCUGUUGCUGUCUACGUCUUCCUUUACUCCAUUAAUUACUUAGUUUUUGACCUCCAGAGUCUUAGUGGACCUGUUUCAGCCAUUCUCUAUCUGGGCUAUUCUUUGAUAAUGGCAGUCGCGAUUAUGUUAUCAACUGGCACCAUUGGUUUCUUUAUGUCCUUUUACUUCGUCCAUUAUCUGUUCUCAUCGGUAAAGAUUGAUUAAAUAUUGCUACACUCAUGGCAUUAUCUGCAAGACCCAAGAGAAGAUUGUAUUGGUUAGUUUUCUUAAAUUCAUCAAAUACUCGUUAGUGAAUUGUCGCCCUAGUUGGAGGAUGAAAAUAUUUUGCAGCGUCUGGAGACCUGAUGAAGCUUGGUAUCGUGCUCUUAGUUUUGUAAUCCUUGUUCGCCUUUUCCUUUUCUUUUUUCCCCUUUGAAUUCUUAUGAUGAUGCACUGAAUAUCUUUUUUUAAAAGGAUUAGUAUUGGCUUGCAUUCUCUUUAGAUGUCGUUUAUAUGGCAGUUUCCGUAGACAGAAUUGUAAUCCAUCGGACAUGUUUUUCAAUCAUUUAAAUGUGAAACCAAAUGUAUGGUUUCAUUCACAUGCA